GGGCGGCUCCACCCUGGCCCGGCCCCGCCACCCCGGGGGCCUCAGUCUGCCCCGGGGACCGCCAUGAACGCCACGGGGUCCCCGGAGGCGGCCCCCGCGUCCUGCCAGCAGCUGGCGGCCAGCGGGAGCAGCCGGCUCAUCGUGCUGCACUACAACCACUCGGGCCGCCUGGCCUGGCGCGGGGUGCCCGAUGAGGGCGGCCUGGGGGGCCUCCGGGCCCUCUUCGUGGCCGUGAGCUGCCUGGUGGUGCUGGAGAAUCUGCUGGUGCUGGCGGCCAUCGUGACGCGCAUGAGGUCGCGCCGCUGGGUCUACUACUGCCUGGUCAACAUCACCCUCAGCGACCUGCUCACGGGCACGGCCUACCUGGCCAACAUCCUGCUGUCGGGCAGCCGCACCUUCCGCCUGGCCCCGGCCCAGUGGUUCCUGCGCGAGGGCCUGCUCUUCAUGGCGCUGGCGGCCUCCACCUUCAGCCUGCUCUUCACGGCCGGGGAGCGCUUCGCCACCAUGGUGCGGCCCACGGCCGAGAGCAGGGCCGCCAAGACGGGCCGCGUCUACGGCUUCAUCGGCCUGUGCUGGCUGCUGGCCGCGCUGCUGGGGCUGCUGCCCCUGCUCGGCUGGAACUGCGUCUGCCGCUUCCCCAGCUGCUCCAGCCUCCUGCCGCUCUACUCGAAAGACUACGUCCUCUUCUGCGUCGUGGUCUUCGCGGCCAUCCUGGCCACCAUCCUGGCGCUCUACGGAGCCAUCUUCCGGGUCGUGCAGGCCAACGGGCAGAAGGUGCCACGGCCCCCGGCCAGACGCAAGACGCGCCGGCUCCUCAAGACGGUGCUGAUCAUCCUGGCGGCCUUCGUGGUGUGCUGGGGCCCGCUGUUCGGCCUGCUGCUGGCGGACACUUUCGGCUCCAACGUCUGGGCGCAGGAGUACCUGCGCGGCAUGGACUGGAUCCUGACGCUGGCCGUGCUCAACUCGGCCGUGAACCCCGUCAUCUACGCCUUCCGCAGCCGGGAGGUGUGCCGGGCCGUGCUGGCCUUCUUGUGCUGCGGCUGCCUGCGGCUCGGCCUUCGGGGCCCCGGGGACUGCCUGGCCAAGGCCGCCGAGGCCCACUCAGGGGCCUCCACCACUGACAGCUCGCUGCGGCCCAGGGAGAGCUUCCGAGGCUCCCGCUCACUCAGCUUCCGGAUGCGGGAGCCCCUGUCCAGCAUCUCCAGCGUGAGGAGCGUCUGAGACCACUGCCGGGCUGGACACGUCUCCGAGGGCCCCUCUUCCAGGCCCCGGGCCUGCAGGAGGAGGAGUGGGCUUCAGGGGAGGACGAGCGGGGAUUCCGGAAGGACCGUGGCGAUGGAGAGCAGAGGAUGGAUGGACGGGUCAGCCCCCCGGGGUCCUCCUGCAGCCUGCUGGGCUGGCGUCCAUUGCACACAGUGGCUUCCUUCCAGCGGUUUCCUUGGAGAAGGAGGUGACUGUUGGAGGAGAGGCAGCUCCGGAGUGAAGGCAAGUGGCUUUGCCUAUACCCCCGGCUCCUGUGAGAUUCUGGGGCUUCCUGGCCCUCUCCGGGCCUUGGUGGGGGCCCCCAGGCUGCACAGGGUGGAGUUCGGGGUUGAUGCCUUGGCAACACAGAAGUUCAAUGAUGGCACAAGAUG